CAGCGUCAAAUCAUUGCCGACCAUGGCGGAAUGUGUUCGAGUUGACAGCAGCACAAGUACUCACACUAUGGAUAAAAGCAUUACUCUUCCGCCCGACGAAAUAUUCCGCAAUUUGGAAAACGCAAAACGGUUCGCAAUAGACAUAGGUGGAUCUCUGACAAAGCUUGCCUACUACUCAACUGUACAGCACAAAGUUGCAAAAGUACGAUCUUUCGAGCACAACACAAAGGAGGCUGCCAGUGACAAGCUGUAUGAGAUAUCAGUGCAGGAGGAGGUCACUGCACGCCUGCACUUUAUCAAGUUUGAAAAUGCUUACAUUGAAACAUGCUUGGACUUCAUCAAAGACCAUCUGGUCAACACAGAAACCAAAGUUAUCAAAGCCACAGGUGGAGGGGCACACAAGUUCAAGGAACUCAUUGAGAGGAAGCUUGGACUCAAAGUGGACAAAGAGGAUGAGAUGACCUGCCUUAUCAAGGGCUGUAACUUUGUGCUGAGGAACAUUCCCCAUGAGGCUUUCGUGUAUGCCAAGCACGCUGACUCAGAGUUCCGCUUUCAGACGACUCAUCCAGAUAUCUUCCCAUAUCUGCUUGUUAACAUCGGCUCUGGGGUUUCCAUAGUCAAGGUUGAAUCAGAGGACAAAUUUGAGCGAAUAGGAGGAAGUUCAAUAGGUGGUGGGACGUUCUGGGGCCUUGGAGCCUUGCUUACCAAAACAAAGAGAUUUGAUGAGUUGCUGCAGUUGGCUUCAAAAGGGCAGCACACAAGUGUUGACAUGCUGGUCAAAGAUAUCUAUGGAGGAUCUUAUGGUUCUUUGGGUUUAACUGGAGAUCUUAUUGCGAGCAGUUUUGGGAAGUCUGCUACUGCUGACAAAGAGUUUUCUAAAGAGGACAUGGCCAAGAGCUUACUCCAUAUGAUCAGCAAUGAUAUUGGGCAGCUGGCCUGUCUGUACGCCAAGCUCCACAACCUGUCCAGAGUGUACUUUGGAGGCUUCUUCAUUCGAGGACACCCUGUCACCAUGCACACAAUCACCUACAGCAUCAACUUCUUCACAAAGGGUGAAGUUCAGGCCUUGUUCCUGAGACAUGAAGGCUAUCUUGGAGCCAUUGGAGCAUUUCUUAAGGGAGCAGAGGAAGAUAAUCCGAACCAGUACAGCUGGGGUGAGAAUUAUGCUGGGAGCUCGGGCCUGAUGAGCGUAUCUCCUGAUAUGAAUCCCAUGCAACGUGCUCGAAGUGGAACGUUUGAUAUGUUGGAGAUGGACCGUCUGGAGAGGCAGCUGGUGAAUCUGCCUCUGCUGCAAGACCCUUCUUCUUACAUCCCUGACACUGUGGACCUGACGGAGGAUGCUCUGGCUCGCGAGUACUGGCUCUACUGCUUCGAGGAGGCCCUCGAUGGGGUUGUUAAGAGAGCUGUAGCGAGCCAGCCUGACAUACCGGAGGCAACCGAGCGAGCCGAGAAGUUCCGUCAGAAAUACCGACACAAGCUUCAGACCCUCCGCCAUCAGCCAUUUGCUUAUGGAUCCCUCACUGUCAGAAGUCUUUUAGACACGAGGGAACACUGUUUAAACGAGUUCAACUUUCCUGAUCCCUACUCUAAGAUUAAACAGAGGGAGAAUGACGUCGCUCUCAAGUACUACCAGAAGGCAGUGAAAUCCCUAGAGGAGUUGAGCUGGGAGCAGAGACAGUUUGCCCUGGUCAGGGGCGUCCUCGCUGGGAAUGUCUUUGACUGGGGAGCCAAGGCUGUGUCAGACGUCCUGGAGUCUGAUCCCGAGUUUGGGUUUGAGGAGGCUAAACGACAGUUGGAAGAGCGGCCGUGGCUUGUUGAUUCCUAUGACCAGUGGCUGGAGAGACUAAAGGGUCCUCCUCAUAAGUGUGCCUUGUUUUUCGUAGAUAAUAGUGGAGUAGACAUCAUUCUAGGGGUGAUGCCUUUUGUCAGAGAGCUUCUCUCUCGAGGAACGGAGGUUGUGUUAGCCAGCAACUCUGGUCCGGCUUUGAAUGAUGUAACAAAUGGUGAACUGCAAAUAUUGACGGAAAGAAUUGCUGCUAUGGAUCCGGUGAUUCAGGCUGGUCUGAGGGAGGACAGGUUGACGUUGGUCCAGAGCGGAUCCAGUUCUCCCUGCCUUGAUCUGAGCCGUUUGGACAAAGUGCUAGCGAUGGUGGUGAGGGAGCGGCAAACCGACCUGGUGAUCAUUGAGGGAAUGGGACGGGCCAUCCACACCAACUACUAUGCCAUGCUUAGCUGCGAGAGCCUCAAGAUGGCCGUCAUCAAGAACUCAUGGCUGGCCGACCGGCUGGGAGGGAAGCUGUUCAGCGUGGUCUUCAAGUAUGAGGUACCGGCUGGAAAACCCAGCCAGGACUCUGCGGCUCUGACGCCGUCGUGAAUGAGACCGUGCUCACAUUUCAGCAGGACGGAAUGUCAAAAUCGAGCGGCCAGAAGGGAUUAGCUGGAGCUCUGAAUGUAAGGAUGAUCGUAUACUGCCACUGAGUGAAUGACUGAUUGUAAAGCUGAUUGUUACAUUUAGGCAGGUUUUUAAAGGUGAUCAUUUACAGGGAGGUUUCACAUUUUGUUUUAAAACAUUAUUGAUUUUAGUGCUGGUUUCAUAAAGAGAAUUAUCAUUGCUUUCUUGCAGGUCUCUGUCCAUUAUCCUGUACAAUCACUUAGUUUGCUACCAUCAUUACUGCCUAUUGAUCUCACUCAGCACCUGGACUAUGAAAUUCAUCACUGGCUGUGUUCAGUGAAUUUUAACAGACUCUUGUGACAGAUGAGAUCUUCAACUUGUAGGAAAAUGAAUCAGAAACAAAAGUUUAUUUGAAAACAAUUAGCAUCAGUCAUUAACAUGCUGCCAACUCACAACGCUGUGCACCCAUAUGGACAAAUGAGAUUCUUUGGCGCGCAUGUGUGUCUGUGUGUUACAAAACCAGAGAGCCGCAGGAGUAGUUACAGCUUUCAGCGGUAACACAUUUUACAUAGUGUAUUUAAUGUGCCUUGAGUUUGAUGUGAUAAAAGCAUCAUUCACUCAGACUGCUUUGAAUUCCUGUUGAAGAGACUACCACUACACAAAUAUCAGCUUUUUUCCCAGCAGUCUCACGCCAUAGAUUAGGAAGAAUCCACAGGAUUUCCUGUUUUUCAUGACUGCCAGUGAAUGAAUCAAGAUUAAGAGACGAAUCAUUGUCACUGUAACUUUGUGUAGCUGUUAAAGUGGCAUCAGGGAAAAUGUAUGAUCAGUGGGAUAAGCUGCACUUUAUCACAGAGAGACUGAAGACAUUUGACAGUGUUCCUCCACAAGGUGGCAGUAUUCUACUGUGUUGUAUGUUUUUAAGAUUUCUCACAAUCUUUCCCAAGGUGCUUGGUGUCAAAAUUAACACUGCAUAUUUCAGGUUAAAUAUUCUAACAGUCUCUGAUCAAAGCAUUACUUUGAGCUUGUUGUCACUGAGCUGGCCGUGGCAUCAGUCCAAUGAUUCACUGUAAUUAACAUGUACAAGUACACGCUCUGAUUCAUCCCUAAAUCAAAAAUGCAACUGUUUCAAGGCAAUAAUACUGCAGCACCUAGUUGUAAUGAAACAUUAAACACUGUGUGAUUGUGAAGUGGCUGACUGUAUUAGUAACUUCAUCGUAAAUAUCUGAAAUCAGGGCAGGAUCAGAUUUGAAAAGCCUCGCCUUGGUGUGAAAAUAUUUUCCAAAGUUACAGUUGCUUGACAUGUGGACUCACAUUGCAAUAUUGUAUGUGUUCUUUGUACAUAUGUGAUAUACAAGUGUGGGUGUAAACAUGUAUAUAUAUAUAAUCCAUUUGCAUUACUUCAGUUAAGCACACCAAGCACAAUUUUAUGUAUUAUUCUCCAGACAAUCAAUUUUAAUUAAAUGGUUAAAAUCUUUAUUUUA